AUGAUAUCACGAGCGGUUGAUCUUGUCGCUCGAAAAUUAGCUGGCUUUGAUACGGAAACCAUUGCUCGUUUAACACAAGUUUUAAGUGAAGAAGCACAAAAGAUGUCUGAAGAACUUCAAUAUUCAGGUCAAAAUGUUGAUUCAGAUAUUUUAGCAGCAAAAUUAGAAGGACUUGUAGCACGAAUGAAAUAUGAAAUUCGUAAUCAGGGUCCUGAUCCAUCACCACAUGAGUUUCCUAUUUUUAAUGUUUCUCACAAUGCAGCCGCACCUUAUCCUAAUCCAAUCAAUCAUCUAUAUGACAAACGUUACAAAGAAGCUUAUUCAACUUUUAUUAAACAAAAUCAACCUACACCUCCAACUUCUCGAAAGACUGAACCUUCAACUCCAACAUCACCUGCUGCACCACUUCCAUCAAAACCAACAACAAAUCCUGAAACUUCUUCAUAUGGAAAUUAUCCACAAGGUCAAUAUCAACAACAAUCAAAUAAUCAAACACAACAAUCUACUAAUGCUUUGCCUACUUCUCGUCAACCACCAACUGGAGGUUGGUCUUAUAUGAAUCCAUAUGCAACAAUGCCUCGUUCACAUGCUGCCUAUUAUCAACAACAAGCUUCGAAACCAAUGCAACCGCUUACAGAACAUUCAUCUACUAAUACGGCUACUCCAAGAAUUCGACGUUCAUCAACAAGUGAAGAUUUACAUUCACAUAACUUAUCUCGUUCAGCAAGUAGUGAUGCAUUAAAUUAUGUAACAGAUAAUGGUAGAGAAAAAAUUCGAGUUCGUGUUAUUAAUGGUAAUUCUGCUUCAUCAUCUAUAGAUCCAUACAUGAAUAAACUUCCUGAUAAUCAUUUUAAUACAAAAAGAUCAAUAUUAAAAUCCACUGGUGAUGAUGAUGAUAAUAAACAAAUGGUAACAACACGAAAAAUAUAUACGGCACCAGACACAGAAAUAGGUACAGAAACACUACAAGAUUUAUUCAAAGUUGUUGAUAAACAAAAAUCAAAUUCAACGCAAUCAACAUCAUCACCAAUGAAAGAACGUAUAAUUAUUAUUGAUCGACGUGAUCGAAAUACACCAGACAAUAAUUUAAACUCAUCUGGACAAGAUCGUGUUCGUACAUUUGAAAUUCGUUCAUCAACUACUGAAGUACCACCAUCAACACCAUCACCACUACCACCUGUUAGUACUUCAACUCCAGUUCCAACGUCUACUAAUUCUUCAAAUGGAUAUGCAUUGCAACAGCCCAACUAUUAUACAGGUCAACAACUAUUUUAUCAACAACCGAAUAUGUAUAUGUCUGCACCAACCCAUGUAUAUCCUGGCGGAACACCUUAUGUUGCAGGUGUUAAUAACUAUUAUCCAUAUGCAUACUUUCGGUAUUAA